UCGAUAAAGUGAACCUGAACAAUUUUCUCAAGAUCACAAAAACAUCGAGUUGAAAACGAAGGCAUGGGAAGAAUCCACAAUGUAAUUUAAUUUAUGUUUUGAACUUUAAUCAUCGAGCCCGUUGAACUUUGGGGAAGGUAAAUUCAGAGUCAUGUCCAAAGUUAAUACGAUUAAUGGGAAUUUUCCAAUUAGAAACUUAAUUUGGAAGUGUCAUCGAUGGCUGUCAAUCGAAACAAUCAAGGAGGGCUUGUACUUGGUAUAAAAGGAAGACGCUUUCUCAACUCUGCCUAGUCAUUCUUCCUAGGCUCUAAGGGUAUUUCGUUUCCAUUGGUUACUAACGGACUAGCGAUGAGAUAUUUUUCGUCACUCCUUUUGAUCAUUACCAUCGUGAUUCUCUCCGACUAUGUACAAUGGAGUGCAGCAUGUAGAUGGUGCCAAGGUGAAGAAUGUAACGUUGCUCCUCCAACGGCUUGCCCCUUCGGAGAAUACAUCAACAGGUGCAGAAGGAGGGCCUGUUUGAAGGGACCUGGAGAAAAAUGUGGAGGACCUACACGCAACUCUUUCGGAGAUUGUGCUACUGGCCUCUACUGUGCGUCCGAAGGCAGAUGCUAUGGCUGUUUCUUGGGCAACCUUGACUGUUAUCCUCCACAGCCAGAAAGAAAGAUUACUCAGUAUUAAAUUGGCCAUUUAGCCACAUUGUAUUUGGCUGCUCUAAUUACCUCAAAACGAUGAUUUUCACACUCAGAUCGCCUGGUUGUAUAUACUCACUUAUUUAUUUCCAUUAUAUAUUUAUAAUCACAAAGAUUCACGACAAAUAAAAUUCAAAAAUUUC